UCCAAAACCCUCGUCCGCCGCCGCGACCGCAACCGCAACCCUCCGCUCCGGCGACUGCAGCCACCGUCACAAAUCCGGUCGACCAAAUCACAGCUCAUAAUAUACUGAAACAAGUUUUAUCUCUCAAAGCAGUGAGCAUCCUAUCGAUGAAAAUAAUUGAGGCCAGCGCCGGCGCUCUCACUAAUUUUGAAUUGCUUGACCUCUUGAGAUCAAGAGGGGCUGGAAAGGAUGCCUCACGAGCUAUUGCAACCGUAUCUCAAUCUGAGUUCAAGGUUUUUGAUUAUUUAGAGGGGACUGUUGCUUGCAAUCAAACAAGGGAAAUUAUCGUUAACUUUGUUGCUGAGUGCCAAAAAUUUGACCUUGCAAAGGCAGAGAUUCUUAAUAUUGUGAAUUUAAGACCAACAAGUGAAGCUUUGCUUUUCCAAAGUCCAAUAUCAUACUUUCUGAGCACUGGUAAUGGUCUAACAGAUCUUGCUUGUUCAUUUUGUUUAUUUUCCUUUCGCCAGCUCAUCGAGGAAUGCGAUUCGCGUAUGAUGAAAGGUAAGGUUGAAGAGCUUGCAGAGACCAUCACAAGGAUUUUGCCACCUCAUCCGUCUCAGGUGGAUGAAGCAAAUGAGGAAGCUGCUGAGGGGAAGAAGAAGAGAGCCGAGCCUGACCAAGCUGCUGAGGGGGAAGAGGAAGGGGAAGGGCAAGAAGAAGAAAGAGACUGAGCCUUAAUCAUACUACAUAGUAUACUUCUUUUACUAUCUCUGCUUAAUUUCUUUAGAGCAUUAGCCAUGAAUUCUAGUUAGUGUAACAAGGAAGAUGGUAGUGUGAAAUUUUGCACAGUGACUAGUCUAAUUAACAACUGAACUCUCAAGAGCCAAUCACUACAUCAAUGUCAAGUUAUUUUUUUGUGCUUUUGUAAA